AGACAGAAGUGCUGCUCUGAUUAGAAAUAUAAUUAAUAUAACAUUUGUAAACUGAUAUCGUGCUGUCAUGUGAUUUCGAUAACACUUAAUAAAUUUCUUGCAUAUAACUUGAAGAAAAUUAAAAUCUGCGCAGCAAAUAAUUAAGAGCAAGUCUCAUAUAUGUAAAACUAACAUUGUGCAUAUUGUCUGCGUUUGUUUAUAUAUUUUAAUUAUUGAAUUGAAAAUUUCCAUCACAAAAUUAAAAUGGUCAAUGUUUGGUACAUGGAUGAAUCUGAUGCUGAUCAAAGGCUAGAUCAUCACAAGUCACCAAAGCAUUUUUUAAGUACUCAAGAGCUAUUAGAAUUGACAGGAGUUGAAUAUUUUAAGAUUGACGCCCUGAACCAUUUAACUGAUCCUGUGUUGCAAAAUUUGAAGAAAACGCGCAAUUACACCUAUGAGGAUGAAAUAACAUGCUCUAAAGAAUGUUUACAAAAUUAUGAAGAAAAGCUUAAACAGUUUUACAAAGAGCAUCUUCAUACAGAUGAGGAGAUUCGUCUGAUUUUAACCGGAUCUGGCUAUUUUGACGUUAGAGACCAAGAUGAUCAAUGGAUUCGGAUUGAAGUGACGGAAGGAGAUUUAAUUAUAAUUCCAAGUGGAAUAUAUCACAGAUUUACCUUGGAUAUGAAAAAUUUUAUCCAUGCCAAACGCUAUUUUAUUGGAGAACCAGUGUGGCUUCCGUAUAACAGACCAGCCGAUGAAAUGGAUUGUCGAAUUCAGUACCUGAAUCGAUUAAAAACGGGGUUUCAAAUGUGAAGCACAAAUAGAAAAGUUCCUGGAGUGAAAAUUAUUUGUUUUGGCAUUGUUUCCAUUUAUUUAGGAUUUUGAAACUCAUUCGAGCAUUAAACCUAAAAUUAUA